AUGCUGGGGACACUGGAGGAGGCCAUGAUGGAUCACCCACUUGGGACUUCUGGCUGCGAAUACUUCAGACUUAUCUUUCGUGCUGAUGUGUUGGGCUCUUCCAUCGAGGAUGGGAUUAUUUGUGGAGAUGCCUUCUCCAGUGAAGUGAAUAAUUGUCCACCACCAUUCAUGACCGGAUGUGCCAGGAUUGCCAAGGAGGAUCACUAUGCACUUUUAGUCAAAGCCUGGGAAACCAAAGUUUUCCCUACGAUUCGCAGACGAUUCCGGAAUGAAGCCGAAAGAAAAUCCGGAUUAGAUCAAAUAAAGGGUGCACUGCAACUUGGUAUGGUAGAUAUUGCUCGUCAGACGGUCGAGUUCCUAUAUGAAGAGAAUGGUGGCAUACCCAGAGAUCUCUACCUCCCAACCAUUGAAGACAUUAAAGAUGAAGCUAAUAAAUUCACAACUGAUAAAGUUCGAAAAGGCCUAACUGUGGUGAUCCGGUACCCAGACAGUAAUAAUCUCAACAGCAGCACUGGUGGCACUGCUUUACCGAAGUUUGCCAUCCGGGGAAUGAUGAAAACCUUUGGCUUGAAUGGAGUUGUUCUUGAUGUUGACACGGUAAAUGAAUUAGUUCAGGUGGAGACCUACUUACGAAGCGAAGGUGUGCUGGUUCGUUAUUGGUACCCAAUUGAUAUGCUGGAGCGCCCUCCUGCAGGAUACAGGCGCACAGCUGCUUAUGGACUAGUUACUCUGGACAACACAAACAUCCAGAUACACAGAGAGUUACUUCGCUGUGAAGCUUCUUUGGCUAGACUGUAUUGCCGUAUGGCAUUGCUGAACAUCUUUGCUCCAAAAUCACCCCACACUUUCACCCGGUUGUUCCAUAUACCUGCGGUACGUGACAUCACAUUGGAGCAUCUGCAACUGUUGUCCAAUCAACUUCUGGCUCCACCACUCUCAGAUGGAACAAUCAGCUCCAAUUCAAUUCUUUUGGCGCAGUCCCUCCAACAUUGUAAUCAGGGUCAAAACUGCUCUCCUACUGAUCUCUUCUACCAGGGCAACUCCAAUUCCAUAAGGGAAUGGCUUACAGUUGCUAUCACACGAGCCUUACACCAGGGUGAAGAAAGCUUGUUGGAUUUAACAAAACAGAUCUGCUCUUUCUUACAGCAUUCACCAGAACAGUUCCCAUCUGAAGAGUUCCCAGUGACAGAGUCAAAAGUGAGCAUGGAUGUGCAUUUUCCAGGGGCUGCCUUUGUAAUGGUAUCGUGCAAAGAAAGUCCAGCAGGUUUUCGGAAAGAUUCCUCUCUAUAUAAGGCUCCUUGGGUUAGAGUGUUGGUGUAUGGACUGGGUCACAAAGUGCGAAGAAAUGGACAACUUAACCUGACAGAAACCGUCUGUUACCCGAAAGAUGCAUCACCUACCAACACUGGGUUGACUCCACCUCCCACCACAAACCAGUAUCCUUCUGUUGUCAUCCCUACUGACAAACUACAUGUCAAACUAGGUGUCUCCCCGCCACCUGGUGCGGUGCUGGUGUUAAACUCGUUGCCUCUGGAAUUUCCUCUCGCUCUGGCAUUUGCUGAGCAGUUGUUAACAUGGAAACUUGGUGAAAAUGAUGGGAAAUCCGAGGAUGAUCUUGAUGAUAUUCCUGCAUCAGUUCUCCUGCAGGUUGUUGAACUGUUUGCCAACCUCCUGUGGACAACAGACCUGUCCCCCAGCAUAAAGGAAAUGAUAUUCCACCUAUUAGCUGAACUGCUACGUAAAAUCCAUCAGCUAGAACAGAAAAAGAAUCCAUGUGGCCUAUCUUCAUCCAUUGCAAUCCAGUUAAACCCGUGCCUGGCUGUUCUAAUGGCAAUACAAACUGAGCUGCGGAAACUGUAUGAUGAAGAAACGCAAAACUGGAUAACUGGGAACAGCUCUGGUAUUGGAAUUGGAGUGACUGACCAGGGCCGCUUCUCCACUUAUUUCCAUGCGUUGAUGGAGAUUUGUCUUGCUGUUGCAGAAGUAACACUACCAAUCAAUAUGAGCACAGUGGUUAAUGUGAUGACUUCCACAAGUGCACCAAGUCUCAGCGAUUCUUCUUCUUCCUCUUCCUCUUCACCUGGGCAGACACCACAGAGCCCCAGCUUGCUAUCCAAGCGCAAAAAGGUCAAAAUGAAACGGGAGAAAACAUCAGCAACAGGAAAACGGCUAACCUCAAGAGGCAGUGAGAGUGACACAUCUAUCCUGAACAUUGGUGGCAGUAAGCCAGAGGACAUGCUGUGGUUCCAUCGGGCCUUGACCUUACUUAUGAUCCUCCGUCAUCUGACCAACAAGGACCCGCAAGGUCUGGGAGUGACAAAUGAUGCCAUCUCGGAUGCCUGCCAGGCUUUAGUAGGCUCCACAUGCCACAGCAGAUUACUGGUGAUUUCAGGAAUACCAACGCAUCUUGAGGAAUGUGUUGUCCGAACUGCCAUUCGCAGGGCUUGCAGUGCACAUGGUGGCAUUUUCAAAGAUGAAAUUUACAUACCACUACAAGAUGAUGACCCUAAAAAGCUGAAAGUGAAAGCUGAUAGCAAAUUGGAACUGGAUAAGUCAACAACAGUCAACAGCAUGGACAGUAUGGAUGUUAGCAGUGGCAGCAGUGUCACACCAGCUAUGAGUAUGAGUGCUUCUGCCUCUACCAGUCAGACCUCAAUUUGUAGCUCUCAGUGCGUUUCUCGGACAACAAGUGAUCUUUCAGUAGACCAGUUUCAAGCAAGUCAUGACAUUGCUACACCACAAGGAAUUGUUGAUCCACACACUGUAUCUAGUCAGGAGAGCUUGGACCUAUCCCUAUGCAGCACCGGGAGCUUGGGCAGUCUUGGUAGUCUGGGAGAACCCAUGGACAGUGCAGACUCUGCUUCUAUUUCUGAUGUAGGAUCUAUGUACACUGUCACAUCACUGGACAAUAACCCGCUUGUGACACGACCCAUCAAAGGUUAUGCCAUUGUUGAGGUAAGAGCCAGGGCAAAAAUUGAAAAAAUCCGUGCCAGUCUGUUCAAUAGCAGCGAUUUGAUUGGAUUGUCCAGUCUGGAUGGGGAAGAUGAAUUAAUGGAGAUGUCAACAGAGGAGAUUUUGACAGUUUCAUCUGUAAACCAGAGCUUGUUUGACACCCAGGGCAGUUCAGCGUUGGAAGAUUAUUUCACUGAUAAGCUAAUAAAAGGUGAUAAGGUGGUUCCUGGAGCACGAGAUGUUCUUGCAGAGAUAUUCCGAAGCUGUAUACACUCUGAACAGAUGCUAAGUCUGGCUCCAGCCAAACCUAUCAAAGUUUCUGACAUUUUCCUUAGUAAAGAGCAAAUCAACUCCCAGACACCAGGAAAUUUGUUGCAAAUUUUUUUCACCAAUGUUCGACCACCAAAGAAAGUUCUAGAGGAUCAACUCACGCAGAUACUACGGAAAUAUGGCAUACCUAAACCAAAAUUCGACAAGAGCAAGUACAGUAAAGGAGGAAAAGAGCAGCACCCUGGAAAAGUAGUUAGCACAAAAAGACCAAUUGCCAAACCUCCAGGCAAAGACAGGUCCGUGCUGAACAGCGUCAGAACCGCACUGAGUGAAAAGAAACCAAUUGUGAAAGCAAAGUCUCCUGAAAAGAAUACCAAACCUGAGGACAAAGACCCAGAGAAGUCACCAGCAAAGAAACCAGAAGUACCAGAAGAGAAGUAUUUAACAUUGGAUGGUUUCCAGAAAUUUGUUGUCGAUCGGUCAAAGCAGGACAUUCGGAGUGUUUGGAGGGCAAUUCUUUCCUGCGGCUAUGACCUUCACUUUGAAAGGUGUGCCUGCAUCGACACCAGACACGCCCAAAGAUCUUGCAAAAAAUGGACUCUAGAGAUGGAUGUUGCACUUGUACAAUAUGUCAACCGUCUCUGCCGUCAUCUUGCCAUCACUCCAGGCCGACUCCACCCUCAUGAAGUUUACCUUGAUCCUGCGGAUUUACCAGACCCAAGGAUUGCCUGUUUAUUGAAUGUUCCAAUUGAAAGCCUUCGACUUCGUUUUGCUCUACUUCAGUCUCUGAACAACACCUUGGAGACAUUCUUCCUGCCUCUGGUGGAACUCAGACAGACGCACACUUACAUGGAUAGCAUUGCAUCACUGUUACGAGAGGCUAAAGGAUUAGUUUUUUAUGAUACUAAAUUAGCUGUGAUGAACCGAGUUUUGAAUGCAACUGUACAGCGAACUGCAGACCAUGCUGCACCUGAAAUAACACUGGAUCCUUUGGAAAUAGUGGGAGGUGAGAUUCGUUCAUCAGAAAACACCUACUUCUGCCAGGCAGCUCGACAACUGGCAUUAGUGCCUUCCUCCCAACUCUGUGUAAAAUUGGCAAGUGGCGGAGACCCAACCUACGCAUUUAAUAUUCGCUUCACUGGUGAAGAAGUGCAUGGAACAAGCGGAUCAUUCCGACACUUCCUGUGGCAAGUUUGUAAAGAGUUACAGAGUUCAGCACUUUCACUUCUUAUACCUUGCCCAAGUUCUGCAGCCAACAGAAACAAGGGCAAGUACAUCCUGACUCCUGGCCCAAUAACAUAUACUGAGGAGCAACUGCUACACUUCUUUGGCCAAUUACUUGGAACUGCUAUCCGAGCAGAUGUCCCACUCCCUCUUGAUCUCCUCCCAACAUUUUGGAAGACUCUAGUUGGCGAACCACUGGAUCCAGAGUAUGAUCUGCAAGAGGUUGACAUCUUGACCUACAACUACAUCAAGAAAUUUGAGACUGUUAAUAAUGAGCCAGAACUUGAGGCACUGUGUGCUGAAGUAACAUCACAUCACCUAACCACAGAGAGCCCUGAAUCUCCCAACAAGCCCUGUUGUAAGUUCAGUUACAUCACCAUGACAGGCGAGGAAGUGGAGCUAUGUCCUGGAGGCAAGAAUAUCACUGUUAUAUGGGAUAAUAAAGAUGCGUAUGCUUCAGCAAUCCGCAACCUGAGGCUACAAGAGAUUGAGAACACUGACUGCAUGACUGCAGUGCGUGCAGGGCUUGGCUCUAUUAUUCCCUUGCAGCUUUUGACACUGCCAACACCACUGGAAAUGGAGUUGAGGACAUGUGGACUGCCCUACAUAAACUUGGAGUUUCUAAAGGCUCACACCAUGUACCAGGUGGGACUAAUGGAAACUGAUCAGCAUAUCGAAUUCUUCUGGGCAGCGUUAGAGAUGUUCACUCAAGAGGAACUAUGUAAAUUCAUCAAGUUUGCCUGCAACCAGGAACGAAUACCAUUUACCUGUCCCUGCAAAGAUGGUGGCCCUGAUACUGCCCAUGUUCCACCAUAUCCUAUGAAGAUCGCUCCUCCUGAUGGAGCCGCAGGUUCACCAGAUUCUCGAUACAUUAGAGUAGAAACCUGUAUGUUUAUGAUCAAACUUCCUCAGUAUUCCUCACUUGAUAUCAUGCUGGAAAAGCUGCGCUAUGCUAUCCACUACCGUGAAGACCCUCUCAGCGGCUGAGCAGGAGACAGCUGAUAUUCCCAGAUCCUUUUGCAACAAAUGGCGAUGCCUGAGGACCUCCUUGACCCUACUUGUAAGAAAAGGAAUUGAGGUGGAAGCCAGACGGAAAUCCAUGCUGCAGUCAGGAGCAUUUCCUCCUGAACCCGUCACAAGCGAAAUGCUUCCACAUCGAUGCAAACUGUCUUUUUGUAAAUUUCCAUUUCUACUAAUGGACUGAGAAUGGUGUGUUGCUGUCGUGUCAAGCAGCUAUUCCAAGAGUGUACGGUGCUUUUACCACUACAGCGGUGUAUGUUACUGUACCUUUAAAACACAAAUGCUUGUGGUCAAACAGGAUAAUAGUUUAUUGUAGGAUCUAACUGUUUUUAUAUCUGUGGUCUUAACUUUGGAGCAGCAUUUCCACUUUCAUGUUCUCAUGGAAGGAAAUUUAUUUUAUUUUUUUCCUUGUGCACAGGCACACACAUGGGAACACCUACACAAAAUUAGACAAAUCUUCUCUUCCAGAUCAGCUUUGGCUUCUAAAAUGUCUAGUAACCAUAUGUGCGCACGAGUGUGCUACAGAAUUUAAAUGCUCCAAAGUUAGUGUUGUAAUUGUCAGUGUACAGAAAGGCAUACCUCCACCUAACUGGCAAUUAAUCUUCUAGUUAUAGGUGGAUUUAAAUGAAUCAUGUGACCCAGUCUACUUCCCUUUGCUCCUUCAGAAAAAAGAUAAGGUUGUGAGUACUACUUGAAUAUUGGAUCAGCAUAUCAACAGAUGCCUGCUUUGCCAUGAAGAUACUCGGCUGUCCUUUUAAUUUUUCAGGAUUUUGUUAUGCUGACAGGAAGUCCACGUUGGCAAAUAUUUUCUUGUAAAGUUCUUUGCCGCUGGUCUGUCAGUGCUUAUGAAGUAGCCUUCAUGCUUUGGGUAACAUAAUUUAUUAGAUAUCUCAUUUCCUUCUGACAGAAGACCCAAGAGCUUGGUAAUAAGACAGGGCUACAGUUAUUUUGUGCCAGAGGUCAGUUUCUGAUCAUUGCUGGUUUAUUUUCCCUUGUGGAAUACACUGUUCCUAACUCAGUGGGUGGACAAGUAGCUGAAAGUGAGUGUAGUAGAGUUAUUUCUGAACUCCAUUUUAUUUCUCGCUCCUCCCAAAGUGAAAUGUCUGGCUACUGCUUGCAUAAGAAUGUCAUGUCACCGAACUGUAACCCUAAAUCACUGCAUCAGAAAGUCCUGUCCCCUCUACUCAUUUUGAAUUUUCUAUAUUAAAGUUGAAAUGCAGUAGCAUGAAUCCUAAUUAAAUGUAAGUAUCUUACUAUAAGAUUGACCUAAGGUUUACAAUGCAAAUAGCCUGUGUUACAGGGGCAAAAAAAAUCAGCACAGCCCACUGCAUAACUUUCCAUCCUUUGCUUUUUUAUUUUGUUUACUUUACAGCCGUUUCAGAAUAGUCUUAUGCUGUUUAAGAACACAAAAGCAACAAAGCACAUUCAUCAGCAAAUUGGCUAACUGUAUUGUAAAAUGCUACCUUUGAUAGAAAAUGUCAUGGAAGAAUACUGUUCAGACAUUCUGGCCAGGCAUCAUGAUCUGCCACCCACAUUUUAUCCAAGCCAUUUUAUGUUCAGUUGAGAGAGAAAGUGAAACAAUAUCAAAGAAUAUUUACAGUGCACAGCGGAAGUGACAUAACGUCUAUCUAAUCUGAAAUGGUCUGUAUUGUAAAUGUAUAUUGAAGAUACAGCUAUUGAGAUCACAGGCUGUGGUUCCAGAUUACUUUGCAUAUGUAAACAUUCUCAUUUAAAGGGGAAAUGGACAUGGCUAUGUCACAUUGGACAACUGUUUGUGUUGAGUUUUUCGAUGUACACAAAAUUCCUAAACUUCAAUUUGACAGAGUAUAGUGAAUGUACCACAUUUAUGCACAGCUGUAUUUGCUAAUUGUGUAUAGUUUUCAGAAAACAGAUUUCUACAAAUUCUCCCUCCCUUUCUUUCCUUGUCUGUCUCAUCCCCCAUAACCUGUAGUUUUUGUUUUGCAUUAAGAGGCCAUAGAAUAUAUGAGUUUGCAAAAGGUAGCCAUGAAGAGUUGUAUGAAGGUAAACUUGAAAAUAGGCUAACAUAACACAACCUUUGAUUUUAGAAGUCUUCUCUGCUAUGUGUAUCUGACAUUGCUAUUUCAUGCAUACCCUCACGUCUUAACUGUAAUUUGGAAUUGGUAUUGGCUAAUCUCUUUCAAGAGUAGCUAUUUCUUCAUUAUACAUUUUCAUGGAAAGAAAAUGGAAGAUUUUAUGUUGUAAUACAAUAUCUAUUAACUUGUUAUAAUUUAUCAAGAUUGCCUAUAACAAUGGAACUAAAUACCCAAAACAGUAGCUUUUAAAAUUCAGGACCAAUUUUACAGAAUUGAGUUGCGGUUACAGAACUGCUUGGAUUCCUUAUUCUAUCAUUGGUAAAACCAAGUUAAUAUUGGCCUAAGCAUGAGGCAAGCAGUGUAAGGAUAUCUCUAGUACAAACCUGUGAAUCUUGUUGGAUUUAUCCCAACCCUUUGCAAUACAGGAGCUUUAAUGGUCUUAACACUUAUGGGAGGAGGCGUAAAGGAACAUAUCCUCCAGCUACAUAAUGUGUAAUAUAAACUAUCCUUGGGUGCAGAGUGUAUUUUGUUUUCUUUUGCUGUUCAAUGGUAAGAUAGCCUGCAAGUAUAUAACAGUGAAUGAAGGUUUUGUGUAAUUAGUUAUUUGGCAAACAAAGAGCACAUUGACCUGCUGCCAGUGCUGAUGCUGGGAGUUUUUUUUUUUUGAGUGAUUCAUAAUUUUGUUAUCAAAUUGUAUACACUGCAACAUAGUUAAGAAGAAUUCUGGAAUUAGACUUACUGUGCAAUUGUCAAACAGUGAAGAGGUAUGUUUCAGCUAGCUUGGUUGCUUUAUGACAGAUGAACCUUAAAAAAAGCCAAGGUUCAACAGAUUGCAAAAAAUGUAGAACCACAGCAGCAAUAUACAGGAACAAGUUGGCCAUGUUUUAAGUCCUUUAAGAUAGCACUAUAAUUUUGGUUUUUGCCCAGAUUAUUGGCAAGUUAAUUUUGACUAUCAGAUCUAAAGCAAAGGGUAUUGAACUGAUUUUAAAGGCAUGUGACCAUCUUAGAUUUCAGAGUACAAAAAAGCAACACCACAUCCGGUUAUUUUUGUACAAACAAACCUAUCGAGAUUAUUGCUUGAACAAUCCCCUACUCUGUCCUCCCACCCAGAAAGUCUGACACCAGUGUGGAUCGGGCUCUUUGUCCCUACCUUGUUAAAGUAAUGUGGUACUGGCUGUGGUAAUGUUAAUCUGCUGCUACAACUGCUCCAUUUUACUGAGAGCAACCAGAAACUUAAAAUUACAAGGACAUAUCAACAUACAGGUGUUAAUGUGCUCUGUACAGUUAUUGAUGUAUAUUUAUUACAAUUAUUUAUGAAUGCAUCUAAAAAUCAUCUGUAUUGUUGAUCUAGUCUGCAUUGGUACCUAAAGCAGUGAUGUAUGAAUGGGAAUUACAUUCAUAUUAAAAAGUUCAAACAGA